CCAAAUGCAGAGGUCCCGCGGGGACACAUCUCACCGGGGGGCAGCAGCACGGACAUGACGGUGAACGAUCGUUUGGUAUAGCCUGCUGGCAUUAUCUUGACAGACAUACUCUCGACUUGGAAAACCAUAGUGAUCCGACCGGGCUGGUGGUCGGUCAUUCGUUUUAAACUGUUAGCCUCACACCUCAUCAAGCCUCCUCCAAUCUUAAUGCGCCUCGCAAUAGCCCCUGCCUUCUUCCAGUCUGACACCCAAGGAGGAGAAUUACGUUGCAACGCGGUGGACUCUUGUGGAUACACAAUCUAAACAUUAGUGAAUAUAUUCAUGCGGAUUCUUUUAAAGAAAUUGUGGGACUCCUGCUGGUAGCAGCAGUGCAUUGACAGGUCAGGGUGAGAGAGAGUGUGUGUGUGUGUGUGUGAGAGAGAGAGAGAGAGAGAGAGAGAGAGAGAGAGAGAGAGAGAGAGAGAGAGAGAGAGAGAGAGAAAGAGAGAGAGAGAGAGAUAGAGAGAGAGAGAGAGAGAGAGAGAGAGAGAGAGAGAGAGAGAGAGAGAAGAAAGAAAGAAAGAAAGAAAGAGAGAGAGAAAGAGAGAGAAAGCUGGCCUUCGUCUGAGAGCGUGACCAGCGGAUGAGCCUCGUUCAUGCGUCUCCCUGCGUGCCACUCCCACAUCACUAUGAACUGUGAGCAGGACUUUGGGGACGGGGGCUUGGGUGUCACCCUCACACUCCGACUGCUCAUGCAUGGCAAGGAGGUCGGCAGCAUCAUUGGAAAGAAAGGCGAGACGGUGAAGAGAAUACGAGAGGAGAGCAGUGCCCGGGUGAACAUUUCUGAGGGCUCCUGUCCAGAGAGGAUCAUCACCAUCACCGGCUCCACAGACUGUGUCUUCAGGGCCUUCACAAUGAUCACAUACAAACUGGAGGAGGACCUGACCACCCUGGUAGCCAAUGGCACUAUCAGCUCCAAGCCCCCGGUCACCCUGCGCCUGGUCAUUCCUGCCAGCCAGUGUGGCUCUCUCAUUGGCAAGGGAGGGACCAAGAUCAAGGAGAUCAGAGAGAGCACUGGAGCACAGAUCCAGGUGGCAGGGGAUUUGCUGCCCAACUCAACUGAGAGAGGGGUGACGAUAUCAGGAAGUCAGGACUCGGUAAUCCAGUGUGUCAAACUCAUCUGCACAGUAAUCCUUGAGUCUCCCCCGAAGGGUGCCACUAUCCCCUACCGGCCCAACCCCUCCCCUGGGGCACUCCUCAUCUCUGGGAAUCAGGUGUUUGAAGCAGCUGACUUUGCCCCCCACCCUCUGUACUCUGUCAGUCAGGGGGGUCUGGACCUCCAGCAGGCUUACACUGUACAAAACCAAUAUGGCAUUCCACAUUCAGAGUUGGCCAAGCUUCAUCAGCUGUCGAUGCAACAGAACAUGAGUCCUCUGGCCCAGCCGCCCUCCACUGGCCUACCGGGUAUGUGUGAGUGGAUAGAUGCAAACGCCCAGACUUCUCAAGAGCUCCUCAUUCCAAAUGAUCUGAUAGGCUCCAUCAUCGGCCGUCAGGGCACCAAGAUCAAUGAGAUCCGGCAGGUGUCUGGGGCUCAGAUCAAGAUUGGCAGUCAGCUGGAUGGAACAAGUGACAGACAUGUCACCAUCACUGGCACUCCAAUCAGCAUUAACCUAGCCCAGUACCUCAUCACUUCCUGUUUAGAGACGGCCAAGUCCACAGCCCAGGCGGCCUCUAUGGCUGCCCCGGUUGACCUCAACAUGGCCUUCACCCAGCCAGUCUCUCCCGCCUCCUCCCCAGCCCCCACCCUGGCGGCCAUGGGCGCCUUGACCCCCACCCAGGUCCUGGGCACACCCUACGGCGCUCUGCCCCUCUCCGGCCUGCUGGGGAUGAAGUCUGUCCCCUUCCUGACUCUGUCCGGCCCAGCCCCUGCUGUAGCAGUCACCGCUGCCCCGUCCCAUGCCACGCUGGCGGCAUACACCACCAAAAUCUCCUCAGCCAACUGCAUCAAGAAGCCAGAGAGACAGAAGUUUGCUCCUUACUGAUGCUACCAUCUGCGUAGCCUCAGGCUCUCCACUUGCCUGGAGGGCGACAUGAAGGACAGCUAUUUUGUUUUCUUCCACACGCCUGAUGUAGCCAUACCCUCUGCCAGAGUUUCUCUUGACCUGUACCUGUUUGACGAAGCACCACAAAGAGACCAAGAGAAAAUUUGGACAAUGGCGAUUAAUAUAAGUUCUUCACAUAUAUAGAUGAUUUGUGAGUUUCCCAUGAAUUUGUGGACCGCUGCAGUAUCAGCCGUCACCUCAUCACUGUUCUAUCACUGAUGAAGGGCAGCCGUCACCUCAUCACUGUUCUAUCACUGAUGAAGGGCAGC